GCGUUUUCACUACUAAAUAAGUCAAUCAUCCGAGUGGAGCAGCCCGACGUCAAUUUGGAAGAAGAAGAGUCUCCAACAGUAGCCGUGUCGAACACUCCAAUCACCGGAUUAAUCGUUGAGCCUGUUGAACCAUCUGGCUAUCUACGUCUAACUUACGAAGAGUACAAGAGGAUCGCGGAUUUACUUGUCCUACAAACGAAGCAAGGCGAGGAAUCCUCACUUGCCGCAUCGGGAGCAGAUACUGGUUCCCCAGUUGGAGCUAUACGUAAAAGCGAAUUAAUAAACUGGUAUAUGGAAGAAAUAGGAGAUGAACUCCAAACCGAACAACAACUUUUGGAGUGCAAGCUGCUCAUCGAACGUGUUAUUGAACGCCUCGUCAAACGCGACCACAUUUUAAUAGAAUUAGCUAGGACAGGACUGGAUAAAGAUGCCACGGCUGACCAAGAUCCUUACAUAGUUGUGCACCCCAACUAUGUCAGCUAA